CGCUUAGAUUUUAUUCCCACGGUGACAUUUUUGAUUUUCGCAUUUUGAAAGUAAUCGACAACUAAACAUCGACAAAUCCUCGACCAACGACGCCCCGUAGGUUAUCUUCAAUUCUACACUUGAUUGAUUGAACUUCUAGAAUUCAUCAACUAAUACACUCUUUUCAGAAGAUUUCACAAUGGGUGACGCAGAUAUCAAAGCAUCUUCCUGGAGACUGGUUGAGGUCGGCCGUGUCGUCCUCGUAACUGGAGGACCACACGAUGGCAAGCUUGCCGCGAUCGUUGAGAUCAUCGACCACAAGCGCGUAUGUACAAAUGGUGAAGGUUUGGGAAAAUGUAGAAGUCUAACACCAGAAAUAGGCUCUUAUCGAUGGCCCAGCAACCGACAAACUCGCCGCUGUUCCAAGACAAGCAAUCUCUCUCGCCAAUGUCGUUCUCACACCUCUCGUCCUUAAGGGUCUUCCAAGAGCCGGUCGCACCGGUGUUGUUCAAAAGGAGUGGGAGAAGGCUGGUAUCGAGAAGUUGUGGCAACAAAGCCCAUGGGCACAAAAGCGUGAGAAGCAAGCCAAGAGAGCUGCUUUGACAGAUUUCGAGCGAUUCAAGGUUUUAAGAUUGAGGAAGCGGGCUGGAUUCCAAGUUAAGGUCGCCCGGGCCAAGCUUGCCGCGGCAUAGAUUUGGGAAUGAGAUAUUUGGGAGCGCAAGCAAAACUACACAAGGGUUGAUGGGUUCCUUUGCUCUCAAGUGAGCUUUGUAUCCUACGUCAAUGUGACCGGCGUAAUGAGCAUAUGGACUUCAAAAAUACCUCCAAACCAAUUCCUCUACAUCUGAAUACUGGGCGUUAUUUUGAGUGUGAUUUGGUUCUGGAACUUUGAAAUAUCCUCGACAUGAGAGUUGCGGAAUAUAUUCCUGAACAAUGAACUAGGAGCCAUUGUACUGCUUUAUCGGAUAAAUCCAUAAACUGAUACUAAUAAUUUAACAACCAUGAUAUGAUGU